AUGGAAGCCCCUGAAUACCUUGAUUUGGAUGAAAUUGACUUCAGUGAUGACAUAUCUUAUUCAGUCACGUCACUCAAGACCAUACCGGAACUGUGCCGAAGAUGUGACUCGCAAAAUGAAGACAGAUCAGUUUCUAGCUCUGGCUGGAAUUGUGGCAUCUCUACUCUUAUUACGAACACACAGAAGCCCACAGGGAUUGCCGACGUGUACAGCAAGUUCCGCCCGGUGAAGCGCGUUUCCCCGCUGAAGCACCAGCCAGAGACUCUGGAGAGCAAUGAGAGCGAUGACCAGAAGAACCAGAAGGUAGACUUCCAGAAAGGAGGUGAUGCUGACACAGGCCCCCAGCCGGAGGAGCUUGGCCCUGAAGAGGGAGUGGGCGGACCGCCCGGGAAGGGCUCAGAGCCCCCCGCCUCACUGGGCGAGCUGGAGCAUUAUGACCUGGACAUGGAUGAGAUCCUGGAUGUGCCUUACAUCAAGUCCAGCCAGCAGCUUGCCUCUUUCACCAAGGCAACCUCGGAAAAAAGAAUUCUGGGUUUGUGCACUACCCUCAAUGGCCUUGCCACCAGUAAAGCAUGUUCUGCUGGAGGUGCUGAGAACCCGCCAUCCACCAUGACGCCCUUCUGUGUCCUGUCUCCCGUGAAAAGUCCUCACUUGAGAAAAGCACCCACCAUAGUCCACGACCAGCACAAGCUGGGCCCGGAGGAACCCGAGAGCAUGCCCGCUCUGGUCCAGUGUGGCUCCACAUACGAGCCCGAGAACCAAAGCGGAGACUUGGUGAACAAGGCCUUCUCAGAGCUGCCCAGCGGAAGGGUCGAGAAGGCCCUGUCAGACUGCCAGCUGCGAGGCUUCCGCCUGCCCUGCUCAGCAGCAGAAACCAAGUUGGAAGAGCCAGUUAAUGGUGUGAGCUGGACCAGCUGCCAGGGACCUGAGGAGAGGACGGAGUACCAGAACAAAGUCAGGAGCAUCCUGAACAUCGUCAGAGAAGGGCAGAUCUCUCUCCUGCCACACCUUGCAGCAGACAACCUGGACAAGAUUCAUGACGAGAAUGGGAACAACCUGCUGCACAUCGCCGCCUCACAGGGGCAUGCUGAGUGCCUGCAGCACCUCACCUCCCUGAUGGGGGAAGACGGCCUCAACGAGCGCAAUGCAGGCAAGCUGACUCCUGCUGGCCUGGCCAUCAAGAAUGGCCAGCUGGAGUGUGUGCGCUGGAUGGUGAGUGAGACAGAAGCCAUCGCAGAACUGAGCUGCUCCAGGGACUUCCCCAGCCUCAUCCAUUACGCCGGCUGCUACGGCCAGGAGAAGAUUCUUCUGUGGCUGCUUCAGUUCAUGCAAGAGCAGGGCAUCUCACUGGAUGAGGUGGACCAGGAUGGCAACAGUGCCGUUCAUGUGGCCUCACAGCACGGCUUCCUGGGCUGCAUACAGACUCUGGUGGAAUACGGAGCAAACGUAACCAUGCAGAACCACGCCGGGGAGAAGCCAUCCCAGAGUGCUGAACGGCAUGGCCACACACUGUGCUCCCGGUACCUGGUGGUGGUGGAGACCUGCAUGUCCCUGGCCUCACAGGUGGUGAAGCUGACCAAGCAGCUCAAAGAACAGACGGUGGAGCGUGUCACCCUCCAGACUCAGCUGCAGCAGCUUUUGGAAGCCCAGAACUCAGAGGGCAAGUCUCUCCCUUCCUCUCCCAGUUCCCCAUCCUCACCUGCUUCUAGAAAUGCCCAGUGGAAGUCUCCAGAUGCAGAGGAGGAGUCUGCAGCCAAAAGCAAACCAGGGCUCCAAGAGGGGAUUCCAGCACUUGGCAGCCUGUCCACCUGCAGCCGGGCCAGGGCCAGAGCAAAAGAUGAAGAUCCUGACAAAAUCUUACGUCAGCUACUGGGCAAAGAAAUCUCGGAGAAUGUCUGCACCCAGGAAAAGCUGUCCCUGGAAUUCCAGGAUGCCCAGGCUUCCUCUAGAAACCCAAAGAAGAUCCCAGUGGAAAAGAGAGAGCUGAAGCUGGCCAGGCUGAGGCAGCUGAUGCAGAGGUCACUAAGCGAGUCCGACACAGACACCACCAACGCCGAGGACCCCAAGGCCACCCCUCUGAGGAAGCCUGAGAGACCCAGGCCGCAGCCCGUGGUUGAGAGUGUGGAGGGUGUGGACAGUGCCGAGAGCCUGCACCUGAUGAUAAAGAAGCACAGCGUGGCGUCCACACGCAGGUUUCCUUUUGGUAUCAAGGCCUCUAAACCUCUGGAUGGCCAUAGCCCGUCUCCCACAUCAGAGAGCAGCGAAGCAGAUGUGGAAUCCCAGUACGUGAGCCCUGGGAACACUGCCCCAGGCCAGGGCCCUGGAGACUCCACUCAGCCCAGCCCCGACAGCCCUGCAGCCCAGAAGGUGGCCACCAGUCCCAAGAGUGCCCUCAAGUCCCCCUCGUCCAAACGCCGGACAUCCCAGAACUUGAAACUCAGAGUUACUUUUGAGGAGCCUGUGGUACAGAUGGAGCAAGCAAACACCGAUCCAAGUGGGGAGAGAGACAAGGACCGGUGCAGGACCGCCCCCCGGGCCCCCCCAGGCAGCGAGUCAGGGGAUCAGCUGAAAAGGCCUUUUGGGACCUUCCGGUCCAUCAUGGAGACACUAAGUGGUAACCAGAACAACAACAAUAACUCACAGACAGCCAGUCAGCUGAAGACCUCGACCUUGCCCUUAACCUCACUCGGAAGGAAGAUGACAGAUGCCAAGGGAACCCUCGUGAGCUCUGCUGGCAAAGGAAAAAGCAAGGCAGGGAUGUUUGGCAGCUGCAUCAGUCUGUCCUCUAGCAUGCUGACUGAAGAGCCUCUGCGUGGCUGUGCACGGCAUAAUGACAUCAGUAGAAAAAUGAAGAAAUCCUACAGCAUAAAGCACAUUGCUGAGCCAGAGUCAAAAGAACUCUUCUUGUAAAUUCCUUUUUUGAAUCUUUCAUCAAUGUCCCUGGGACACCAUUGGAAAUUACCGGAUGUAGAUCCACCACAACACCACCUCACCAGCAGAAGAAUAGAAGUAUCAGGAUGCCUUAAAUUCAUAGUAUUCAACUCUCUAGGAUACGUUUUUUGGGGGUGAUAAAUGUAUAUAAACUCAUUUUUAAAGAGAUGCUGUUUCAAAGCAUGAUUGGAUAAGUGUUUUUUAACAUUGGAUGGAGCCAGCCCACGUACAGAACACUGACACAGCCAUGUUCAUUUCAUGUUCCAGUUGCAUGCAUGUUUGCUAACGUUGGCUGAACUUCCCUGUCCCC